AUGGCGAAACAAUCUUCAGCUCUCAGCCAGGUGCUUCCUCUCAUCAUCGUCUUCGCCCUCCUCGGCGUGGGCGGCUGGGUAGGCUACCAAGUCUACAUCAGCGUCGCCAAGAUGUCCGACGCUGCCUCGGAGCGCAUGGGCAAGAAGAACGUUGUUUUCACCAAGGACGGAGUAAAGGUCGGCGUCAAGCAGAUCAAGAACGAAAAUUAUGUCGACGCGACGCAGGGCUGGUUCGUCAAGGCGUGGAAUCUUGGCACAUCACAGGAUGCUGGCCAGAGCAAGAAACAAAAGUAG